AUGGCGGAUACCAGCUCGGAUGGGGUCGAUAGGCCACGUCCCGGUGAGACCUUAUCAUCAGACGAAGAGGACUUCGUUUCCAGCCACAACACUCCCUCGAUGGAUUCAGAAGGUCUUGUAAAACGCCAUCUUUCCUCAUUCAGAGGACUGAACCUGGAAGAGAGCUCAGAAGAAAGCUCCGACCGGUGCGCAACCCGGACAAUCACUCCUGCCAAUGCGUUCUCGAUCUACACCGCGUCAAGCUUCAAGCCAACGACCAAGAAACCGAUGCAGCUUCUAGAGUUGCCCCUGGAUGUUUUGAAGGAUAUAAUUAAAGAAGUCACCCAUACGAAUGACCUUACCUCUCUCGCGCUAACAUGCUCCACACUUCAUGGCUUGACCGUCCCGCAUAUGUACUCCCGAUUCGAUAUCGUCUGGCCCGAAUCCUUGAACGCGUCAAGCGAUGAAUACACCGGGGUGGAUGCUUUGUCAUAUGGGCUUUCGACUUUGGUCAUGGGAGAGGACGUAUUCCAUCAUGCACUGUUCCAGCAAUCACUGAUGGCAAAGUUUGAUGGGCGUUCAGGUGACUGCUCUCGCUGUGGAUGCAAUAAUCCAAACCAUCAUGCAUAUCAGUCGCGUGAUAAUGGCGGGACUUUGAGGCGGCGAGGCAAUCAUUAUGCGCAGUACACUCGCACUUUCUCGAUCGGAAAUGGCCCUCUCAGCUGGGUCCAGGAGUACUCAGUGAAUCGGGAGGUGGGGAAAAUGCUGGGAACACUGGUCGCCUUGGCUGUAUCGAGGAUGAUCAACCUUGAGGCGUUCAUAUGGGACAUGCCAACAGGCGUGGUUCGAGAAAUCUGGCUUGCCCUUGCCUCCUUGGCCGACGCCCACGAUCGAGGUCGGUUGGAGCGUAUUUGGGUACGCUGGCAUGAUAACUCCGAUAAUCUGCAGCGUAUUUCAACAUUGCCGAGCUCUGCAAGCCGGCGCCUUCAGAAGUACAAGCACGUGGAACACCCGUCGCUGUCUGUGCUACCGCCGCUCAAGAGUGUCACUGUCCUCGACAUAGAUGAGACAGCCUAUGUGGAGGAAUUAGCUGUUCUAAUCGAACGCUCUCGCCACCGUCUGGUUGAGCUAAGAAUCGGAGUUUCGUUGAAGGCCCACCUGUCUCCUUGGCUGGUUUGCACCAAGGACCCCGACCCACCCAUCGACUCCAAUGUAAGCUGGCCAAGAGCUGGAGGGAUCCUAAGCAUUCUAUCUCAGCAUAACUCCGUUCUUGAAGAAGAUGCAGUGUCAUCCUCGGCAGUGUCACCCUCGACUUCCGACUCGCUGCAAUCAGACGCGUCGACUGAGAACGACGACAAGAGUGAAGAUCAAAUUGCUGGGCAAGGGACUAAUUUCCCAUCUUCUCAUCAUGAAAGAACUCCCAAGCGUGCUCACCAUCGCGCACCACCAUCGCUGCCUAGCUCAAAUAUCACUACUCCUCAGGCAAUUGGUUCUAUCCAUGGCGUACAGAGCAACGAGGAAAAGUUGAAACUUGAGGUCCUAGAAUUAGAACGAGUUCCUCUCUCCGUAUCAAAUCUUCUACCCCAGCUUGACUGGACCCGCCUCACGACCUUGACCUUGAUGCGUUGCGAUGAACAUGAGAAUCUAUGGAGGGCUCUUCGCCGGAAAUAUGCGCCCCCUCCGCUACCACAAAAACGGGCACAGAAAGAGCAAUCACGUCGAUCAAGCUUCACCAGGGAUGAUUACCCGCUUAAUAUCAAGCACCUGCGAACAGAUACCGUCACUCAAUACAUGAUGCUUUUCAUCAAAGACACUCUCGCCCCGAAUACCUUGGAAAGCGUUUAUUUCCACGAAGCCCCGAAUUUCGACUCGGGCGUCAAUACUGAAGCGAUCUACAGGCAUAUUCUUCGGAAGCAUCGUUCAAGUCUGCGAAGGAUUCUCAUUGAAGCCACCGAUAGAGAUGGAAAUGUGGACGGUCUGAACGCCAGCUGGCAUAAGUGGAUGUUCAACCAGGAAAUGAUCUCUUUCGUUACUAGUGGACGAAUGCCACAACUGAGAGAGUUGGGGAUGGCUAUGCAUUAUCGUGAUUGGCACUACUUCCUGCAGAGACUUCCCAAAAUGUCCAAGCUGCACGCAUUGUACUUGCCUCACAUCAGCCACUCUAUUCAUCGCGAUAUGAAAGAAAUGGCCUUGCAAGUUCUCGAUAUCGUCAGCAUCCGCCCCGAUCUCAAAAUCACUUACAUUGGGUUGCAAUCGAAAUGCUACCAGAUUCUUGAAACGAAUGGCCCGAACAACCACAUUCAUUCAGACGCAUCCCAAUCGCCGAAUCCCCACUCCGAUAGUGACGGCCUCGCUGCGUUUGACGAUGAGUCGAUUGACGCCAGCAAUGAUGAAGAUGAUCUACCUGCAGACAACCGCGAUAUUAUCUCCACAGACAUCUCUGAUGAGUCUGAAAGCGAGUUUGAAGAGAACAGCAAUUCUCACGUUCAUUUCAAGCUCCAGGAAAUUCUCUUUUACGAUGAUAAGAUAUCCAUUUUCAAAGCUCGCCGUGGUGUGAUUUGA